AUGGAGAUGGCAAAUUAUGCAUGUUAUAAUGUAUCAUUUAGUGCUUCAAACAAUAUCUGGAUGACUGAUGAUGCUAUGAUAAAACAUGUUCCUCUUUUGUGUCUCCAAAUUGGUUAUGAUAUUUUUGUUUCUCGGCUUUUCUACUUCGUCCUCAAGCCCCUUCGCGUGCCCCUCAUUAUUGCACAGGUGUUGGCUGGUUUUACUCUGAGUCCAACUCUCUUGGGAAAUUUCAAAUGGGUAUUUUCCUUGUUUUAUGGUCAAUAUGAAAUCCUAGCUGUUGAAACCUUUGGAAACUUAGGAAUAAUGUAUUAUGUGUUCCUAAGUGGAUUAGAAAUGAAUGCAUACACCAUCUUAAGAUCAAGAAAGAAAGGUACGAGCAUAGAAAUUGCUGGAAUUGUGACACCGAUGUUAUUGGUGUUGGAUUUCUAG